AUGAGUGGAUCCACGUUGGUAGUCCUGUCGUUCGUGACUCCGAAGCUGGGAAAGGCUGACAGGGUGGCUAUUUUAUGGUUCAUGUUAACUGGGAGCAUUCAUUUGUUUUUUGAAGGUUACUUUGUCGUCAACCACACGCGCAUGGCACCCGCGCAAGACUUUUUUGGACAACUGUGGAAGGAAUAUUCGUUGUCCGACUCCCGAUACUUGACCUCGGACCCUUUCGUUCUGUGUAUGGAAACAAUCACGGCUAUUCUCUGGGGACCCCUCUCCUUCAUCGUCGUCUAUUUUAUUGCGCGCGAACAUCCACUCCGUCACCCCCUUCAACUAAUCGUAUCAAUUGGCCAAAUCUAUGGCGACGUCCUUUACUAUGCUACGAGCAUGUUCGACCACUACUACAAUGGAUUAAGCUACUGCAGACCAGAGGCGUAUUAUUUUUGGUGCUACUACUUUUUCAUGAACUUGAUCUGGAUCGUGAUCCCUUCCUAUUAUGUGGUAAAGAGCAUGGGCGUCAUGUCACACGCCAUUAAAUAUGUCAAUGAAGCUUCGGACAAGCGCAAAAUUAAAUAA